AUGAGAUCAGGCCACACAGUCCAACUCCAGACACAGUCCAACUCCAGACACAGUCCAACUCCAAACACAGACCAACUCCAGACACAGUCCAACUCCAGACACAGACCAACUCCAGACACAGACCAACUCCAGACAGACCAACUCCAGACACAGACCAACUCCAGACACAGACCAACUCCAGACACAGUCCAACUCCAGACACAGACCAACUCCAGACACAGUCCAACUCCAGACACAGACCCAACUCCAGGCACAGACCAACUCCAGACAGACCAACUCCAGACACAGACCAACUCCAGACACAGUCCAACUCCAGACACAGUCCAACUCCAGACACAGACCAACUCCAGACACAGUCCAACUCCAGACACAGACCAACUCCAGACACAGUCCAACUCCAGACACAGUCCAACUCCAGACACAGUCCAACUCCAGACACAGUCCAACUCUAGUCAUUCACCAUCCAAGUCCAUAUCAUCCUUUCCCUGCCUCCAGCUUUCCCCUACGAGUAUACCACAAUGGAUGGAGGGUAAGGCUGCAGUUCUGAAGGUUUCUCAAACUCCAGCAGUAACCAUUUCUCAGCCAAGACAACCAAUUUUUGUCACACGCAUUCCCAAGGAUCCUCUUCAGGAAACUGAUGACCAGCAAGCGUUGUAUGUGGACCAAGAACAGCUGAGCUUCUACACGCCAGCGGAAGCCCCCGCCACUCUCUCUGAACAGCCGUCACUCAUCAAGCCUCAUGAAGCCCCCGCCACUCUCUCCCAGCAGUUGUCACUCAACAAGCCUGAGGAAGCCCCCGUCACUCUCUCCCAGCAGUUGUCACUCAACAAGCCUGAGGAAGCCCCCGCCACUCUCUCCCAGCAGUUGUCACUCAACAAGCCUGAGGAAGCCCCCGUCACUCUCUCCCAGCAGUUGUCACUCAACAAGCCUGAGGAAGCCCCCGUCACUCUCUCCCAGCAGCUGUCACUCAACGAGCCUGAGGAAGCCCCCGUCACUCUCUCCCAGCAGUUGUCACUCAACAAGCCUGAGGAAGCCCCCGCCACUCUCUCCCAGCAGCUGUCACUCAACAAGCCUGAGGAAGCCCCCCUGUCACUCAACAAGCCCGAGGAAGCCCCCGUCACUCUCUCCCAGCAGCUGUCACUCAACAAGCCUGAGGAAGCCCCCGCCACUCUCUCCCAGCAGCUGUCACUCAACAAGCCUGAGGAAGCCCCCGCCACUCUCUCCCAGCAGCUGUCACUCAACAAACCUGAGGAAGCCCCCGUCACUCUCUCCCAGCAGCUGUCACUCAACAAGCCUGAGGAAGCCCCCGUCACUCUCUCCCAGCAGCUCUCACUCAACAAGCCUGAGGAAGCCCCCGUCACUCUCUCCCAGCAGCUGUCACUCAACAAGCCUGAGGAAGCCCCCGUCACUCUCUCCCAGCAGCUCUCACUCAACAAACCUGAGGAAGCCCCCGUCACUCUCUCCCAGCAGCUGUCACUCAACAAGCCUGAGGAAGCCCCCGUCACUCUCUCCCAGCAGCUGUCACUUAACAAGUCUGAGGAAGCCCCCGCCACUCUCUCCAGCAGCUGUCACUCACAAGCCUGGUGA